AGAGACAGACAUGGCUCGUGGAGACAUCAGAGACCCCUGGGGAAAAGAGCUGGGAAAGCUGCCAGUGCUCCUCCUUGCCCAGAGUUAACCGAAACCCUCCCGGGAUGAUGCUGGCACAGGCAGAUCCCAGCACACGCACUGGAGGCUGCUGGGUUUCCUUCCCGCAGCCGAAAACACCAGCAGCCACCCUGUGGCAGCACCAGGUCGCUGCUGAAAACGAAACUCCCCGGUUUUCAGGAACCCGAAACUCCCACGCCCCUGAGGCAGGCCCAGCUGCGCGGGCGUUGGGGCUGGACCCUGGUGCUUCGGAUCAGCCCGGUGACAGCAGCAGCAGCAGCCGGGGCUCAGCAGCACCGGGCGGUCUGGUCAGCACCAGACCCUCUGACAUAUAACGAUGGGGAGACCCAGGAAGGAGACCGCAGGCACAUCAUCCCCUCAACCUGCCACAGCUGCCUCCAAAACCACCCCCGCUGCGCCACCGCCUUCUGCCUCAGCCAGCAGAGCCAGGGCCACGGCUGCAGGAAGCCGAUCCAGGAGUUCUCCGGCUGCCGGCAGUCAAUCCAGGAGUUCUCCGGCUGCCGGCAGUCAAUCCAGGAGUUCUCCGGCUGCCGGCAGUCAAUCCAGGAGUUCUCCAGCUGCCGGCCCCAGCCAGGGCAAGGGGACAAAGCCAGACUCCUCUCAGCCAAGGUCUGCAGCAUCUCGUGGAGCCCGAGGAGAUGCCAGGGACCAGCACAGAGAAUCCACCAGGAGUUGCCCUGGAACCUCGAAGCAGCCACCUGAUACAAAAGGAGCUGCCAGUGCUGCCAGACCUAACAGUGCACAGAAACAGCAGCCUGAGGCUGACCCAAGCAGUGCCUGUGGAUGGUUCCUGCCCCCCCUGGAGAGCCAGGACAUUCCAUGGGUGGAGAAGGAGACACGUGGCCAGCGGAGCAACCCCAAGUGGUACGAGUGGCGAGAGAACCGCAUCACCGCCUCUGUGGCCCCCAGGAUCGCCAACAGCAAGUUUGCCAAUGGCAAGACAUCCAAGGUGCCCCAGUCCUACCUGAAAGCAGUGGUGAGCUCCAGCCCCAGGGUGCAGACACCAGCCAUGUCCUGGGGGCUGCGCAACGAGAAGGUGGCCGUGCAGGCCUACGAGCAGCUGAAGUCGCGGGAAGUGGGCAGCCCGGUGCGGGUGGAGGACUGCGGCCUCUUCAUUGACCGGGAGAAGAACUGGAUCGCUGCCAGCCCCGAUGGCAUCAUCAAGGAGGUGGCCACGGGGAAGACCCUGGGGCUGCUGGAGGUGAAGUGUCCCUAUAAGCACAGGAACAGGACAGUGCGCGAGGCCUGCAAGGACAAGGACUUCUGCCUGGAGGUGAACGGGGAUUCCUAUGCCCUGAAGAGGGAUCAUGCCUACUUCACCCAGGUCCAGUGCCAGCUGGCAGCUGCCGGCUUCCAGCGGGCCGACUUUGUGGUGCACACCACCAAGGAGACGGCCGUGGUCCCCGUGGAGUUUGAUGCCGAGUUCUGGGAGCAGACGGUGCCCAAGUUGGAGAAAUUUUACACUGAGGCAGUGAUUCCCCACCUGGAGGAGAAAGCAGGUGGCUCUGUCUGGGCCAAGGAGGAGUAGACAGCCCCCACCCGUCUCCUUCCCCUUAUGCUCGCUUGGCCACAGGAACCCAGCUUUGGCCCCUAGCAUAGAAUUUAAGCCCAGUUUUGCUGCUGUUCUUGGACCGUUUGCUGCCUCUGCCCCAAUGCAAGUGCCUCAGGACUGAAAUGUAUCAGCAGGACCCUGCUUUGGUAAGUGUGCCCACAGUGGGCAGCGCUUGGCCCCUGAUGUCCUGUUCCCCUCACUUCACCUCCCAUCUGAUGGAAGCUGGCAUACCUCUGGAUCUGCAGGAGAAGCCAGUGAUACCUCUGUGCUAGAACCAUAGACUGACUUUGUGGAUAAAACUGGAUCCUUUGGCACCUAAACUGCUGUCAGGACUAAAUCAUAACUUCACUCCAGAGCAGAGAGCGAGCAAGGGAAGGUUUCUUAGAGCCCAAGAGCAAAACACAGGUUUUGGGCUAAAUAGUGCUGUGCCUUAAGAGCCACGGUGAGGACACGUGGCCGCCCUUCCUUCCUGAGCUGGCAGACCUGCUGCUUCUUUGGAGUAACCUGUGAUGCUCACGGUGAGUUGGCUGCAGCCUUGGGAAGAUGGUCCCCAUCCAAGAGGUUGUCCCCCAGCCUGUGCAGCUCCAGAGGACCUCCCCGUGGAACAUCCCCAUGUGCUGCAGCAGGGUGGGGAGGUGGUCACAGAAUCAUUCAGGUUGGGAAAACCCUCCAGUUCAUUGAUUCCAACUGUUAUUGCUCUAUUAAAUAGAAGAUACAUACUGGC